AUGGCAACAAAACCAUGGCGUAUUUCAUUGCAGGUAUUACCUUCAUCUUCCUGUGGGAGGCUAUCUCGGGCACUUGCAUCCCUUCUUAUUUUAGUCAGCCUGCUGUGCCAGGUUGUACAACCCUCGACUGCUCAGCUUGCCGACGAACUAGGAGAUAACACAGUUCUGCAUAGUAACUGCAAUAUGUCGGAUACAUCCAAACAUCAUCGAGUGAAAAUUGACUUCAGUACGUCAACAUUGGAAAAUGAAUUCAUAGUUUCUUUCAAUGGCUACUAUAAGUCCUUGGCCCGGAGGCGUUUCAUUGGUGCAGCUUUGCGAGACUCUGGUGUGAUUUCUUGGAAGAUUCUUCCUCGUGACAACCCAGCGCAUGAAUAUCCAAGUGAUUUUGAUGUUGUUAAGAUCAAUGACAAGAACCGGAAUGGUAUUGAUGCCCUUGAGAAUCAUCCAGUUGUAAAGAGAGUCACUCCACAUAAAAUGGUUACUCGUUCAUUAAAAUUCAUUAAAGUUAAAAGUAAGCGCUGUAACACAACCAACACAGGUCCAUUUUGGUCACCCAGUUUUCAUUCCUCCCGGACUCUUAAUCAACGUGGAUUAUCGGGUGCUUCCAUGUGGUAUUCUAAGCACAACUUGAAAACAAGGCGAUUAAUGAGAGCGGCUCCCAAGCAGAUUGCAUAUGCUUUACAAGCUGAAGUCCUCUGGAAUAUGGGGUUCACAGGCGCUGGGGUCAAAGUUGCCAUAUUUGAUACAGGCUUAGGAGAAAACCAUCAGCAUUUUAAGAAGGGCAGGAUCAAAGAUCGCACCAACUGGACUCAUGAAAAAACACUCGAUGAUGGUUUAGGGCAUGGCACAUUUGUGGCCGGGGUGAUUGCCAGCUCAAAGCAGUGCCUGGGAUUUGCACCUGAUGCGGAUAUUUAUGUGUUUCGAGUAUUCACUAACAAUCAGGUAUCUUAUACAUCUUGGUUUCUUGAUGCUUUUAAUUAUGCUAUUCUCAAGAAGAUUGAUGUGCUAAAUCUUAGCAUAGGAGGUCCUGACUUCAUGGAUCAUCCUUUUGUAGAUAAGGUGUGGGAGCUAACUGCCAACAAAGUGAUUAUGGUAUCUGCCAUUGGAAAUGACGGACCUCUUUAUGGGACAUUGAACAAUCCCGCAGAUCAAAUGGAUGUGAUUGGUGUUGGAGGAAUCAAUUUUGAAAACCAAAUCGCUCGAUUCUCCUCUCGUGGGAUGACAACAUGGGAAUUGCCUGCUGGGUAUGGCAGAUUAAAGCCUGAUAUUGUCACCUAUGGAUCUGCAGUCAGAGGAUCUGCUUUGAAAAAUGGUUGUCGAUCUCUCUCUGGCACCAGUGUUGCUUCUCCUGUCGUGGCAGGAGCCGUUACAUUAUUAGCAAGUGCUGUUAAGGAGCGUGCCAAUGUAAUCAAUCCAGCCAGUAUGAAACAAGCGCUGAUGGCAUCUGCUCGGCGCUUGCCAGAUGUAAAUAUGUUUGAACAGGGACAUGGCAAACUUGACCUCAUUCGCACCUACCAGACAUUGCAGACCUAUAAGCCUCAAGCAAGUUUGAGCCCAAGCUACAUUGACUUGACUGAAUGUCCCUACAUGUGGCCAUAUUGCACACAACCCAUAUAUCAUGGAGGAAUGCCCGUUAUCAUUAAUGUGACAAUCUUAAAUGGAAUGGGUGUGACAGGACAUAUUGUAGAUAAACCUCUUUGGAAGCCCUAUGCACCUCAGUUUGGCAACUACAUAGAGGUUGCCUUCUCUUACUCAACCACCCUUUGGCCCUGGUCAGGCUACUUGGCCAUUGCCAUAGCCGUUGGGAAGAGUGCUGCCAACUGGCAGGGGAUAGCCCAAGGACUUGUCACUGUCACUGUUGAGUCUCCAGCUGAGGAAGGAGAGGAAAAUCCUCGUGUCUCUACUGUCAAACUGCCUGUUCGGGUAAAAAUUAUUCCAACACCUGUUCGGAGUAAAAGAAUUUUAUGGGACCAAUACCACAAUCUUCGAUAUCCACCAGGAUAUUUUCCACGUGACAACUUACGGAUGAAAAAUGAUCCCCUUGAUUGGAAUGGUGAUCACAUCCACACAAAUUUUAAAGAUAUGUACCAACAUUUACGCAACAGUGGAUAUUUCGUGGAAGUUUUAGGUUCUCCUUACACGUGUUUUGAUGCUAGUCAGUAUGGCACACUGCUUGUUGUGGAUGCUGAAGAGGAAUAUUUUCCUGAAGAGGUGACCAAGCUGAAACGGGAUAUUGAUCAUGGAUUGUCUGUGAUGAUCUUUGCUGAUUGGUACAAUGUGUCUGUGAUGAGAAAAGUGAAGUUCUAUGAUGAAAAUACAAGACAAUGGUGGAUGCCUGACACGGGUGGAGCAAACAUUCCGGCUAUUAAUGAUCUGUUAGCCCCGUUAGGCAUGGCAUUCAGUGAUCAAGUGUUUGAAGGAGACCUUUCUCUUGGUGACCAUGAAUUAUAUUAUGCUUCUGGCACAAGUAUUGCCAAAUUUCCUGAAGAUGGUAUUGUGAUAUCAGAAACUCUUAAAGAUCAGGGCUAUGAAGUACUCCGUGGGGAUCCUCGGACUGUAAAGAAUGUCCCAGUGCUGGGUUUGCAUCAAACCUCGGCCAAACCUUCUUCAGGCCGUGUUGUCAUAUUUGGAGAUUCUAAUUGCCUUGACAACAGUCAUAUGCACAAAGAUUGCUUUUGGCUUGUGAAUGCAUUACUUGAGUACACUGCCCACAAAACGCUGCCCACAAUCUUUCAUGGUCAUGGUAAACACACAUCUUGGCCAACUGCUGACCUCCCAGAGAGAAUGGAAGGCAACCACCUUCAUCGUUACUCAAAGGUCCUCGAAGGACACCUUGGAAACCCCAAAUCUCGACCUCUGCCCCCCUGUCCACAUCAGAGUUGGGCAUCACCUCAUCCGCUCAACAUAUCUGCUCCCUCAAAUCUUUUCCAGCAUCAGAAGCUGCUGUCAAUAGAUAUUAACCCCCCUGUACCUCCACCAGGCUGGCACAACAUCCCUCAUCUUCCCAUGAAGAUUGCUGAUAAGGCCGUCCCAGUGAUUGAGACCCACAGAAUAGACUUUCCCUCAUCUUACGACGGCCUUGGCUUUCUGCCUCUUUUUGCUCUUGUUGCAACGUUACUUGUGUUAUUGUUUUUUAUCAAUCAAUAUUGUCGGCACAAGCCACGUCCCAAAAAGAAAAAGUCCCGGGGACGCAAAGUACAGCAUGUCCUCACAGGCCGGGUGCCGAGUGUGUGA